UGCGCUGCCUGUGAAGGGGACAUGUCUGACUCAGGCAGGGUCUGGGAGCUUAAUAGUCAUCAAUUUAAGGCUGAAUCCCUGCAAUAUUCAGAGGCUACUCGGUGCAUCGACAUCAGAGCAUGACGCUGAUCAAAGGAAGCUUCACAUAUUCCAGUGGUGAGGAGUAUCAUGGCGAGUGGAAGGAAGGUCGAAGACAGGGGAUCGGGCAGCUGAGGUUCGCAGAUGGCAGCAAUUACACUGGUCAGUUUGAAAAUGGCCUGUUCAGUGGCCGCGGAACACUGGUCUUCGCAGACGGCUCAAGAUAUGAGGGGGAGUUUGUCCAAGGAAAAUUUCAAGGAGUUGGAGUCUUCACUCGAUGUGAUGGGAUGAAGUUUGAAGGAGAGUUCAAAAAUGGACGUGUGGAAGGAUAUGGGCUGCUAAUGUUCCCUGACGGGUCUCACGGUCACCCAAGAAAUGAGGGCAUUUUUGAGAACAACAAGCUGUCCAAACGGGAGAAGUGCCAAGCCGUGAUUCAGAGAGCGCAGGCAAGCGCAAAAAGUGCACGGGGUCUCUCCCUUUGACUGCUUCUCCAUGCGUUACAUCCGUCUUGUGCUUGCCCUGCGAUAUGGGAGAAAGCUGCAAGACUGGGUUUGAGUUGAGUUGUGGCAAUGCUGUGCUCUUCUUUUACCAACCCCCACCCCCACCCCCCCGGUCCACUGAUCAUCCCACCAACUUUGAUUAGAGUUCAGCGGGCAGCACAGCUGGCAAUGAGCAUCGCAGUGAUUGCAUGUGAUGGCCUCAAUAACUCUGAGCUGCUAUUCUAGGGAAGGUGCCAGAUGAAAACCACCCCUCCCUCCCAACCUAUCGGAGGUCUGUGUUUUUUUAUUUAAUGCUUUCGGGACACUGUUGAGGGUGUCUUGUGCUCCAUCUCCCAUCUCCCUCACCUGGAUCUGAGCAUGGUAAUAAUUACAGCCCAGAGCUGGUAUGGAGGAUGAGGUCUGGAGUGAGAAAUAGUGAUUUGAUAAGUUUCUUCAAAUCUGUUCUGUGCCCAUGCUGUAUCCAGUACCUGGACCAAUUCACACAAGCUUCCGUCAGCUCGACGACAUUGAAUGUUAUGCCUGCAUCAGAACAUUUCUCAAUGCACGACACAUCAAACAUUGAAGUGGGUGGGCUGCAGGGGAAAAGACUAUGAACAUAAAUUCAGUGGCCACUUUAUUAGGUCCAGGAAGUACUUAAUAAAGUGGCCACUGGAAAUAUGUAUACAGUGGAACCUUGGGGAAACAGAGUAAAGGAAUAAUGGAAAUUUCCAGUAGAUCAUUGAUCAUUAUGGGUUAUAGCAAAUUAUAUGUUAAUCUAAGUGUGUUUUAAGUUUAAUAAGGGAUCCUAUCUCUUAUCAGCCUUUCAUGCUGUGACUUUUCCCCCAACACCACACGAAGUGGAAGAAUUCCCAUCAAUUUCCAUAACACUUUGCUUCUGUCAUUGACCUCCCCACUCUGUCAAGGUCUCACAGAAUUUUGCACACCUCAGCUUAAAAUGAACCUUUAUCAUCACUGUUCAAGUGAAAAAUUGGUGUUUAUGGCUCUGUGUUUUAUUUAAGAUUUAAACAUUUAGACAGCAGCCCUAUAAAGCAGAUCUUUUCAGCAUCUGGCUUCACAGGUACCAAACCAAAUAACCUAGGCAAAAAGGACUGUUGAUCUGACUUCAGGGCUUGGUAGGAGGUGUGUUCCAGUGUUAGUCACCCCUUCAGGCCAGCUAUUAGCUGUUGUACUGGCUUUCUCCACCCCCUCAUCAAUGUCCUUUGUAUGCAAAGCCAUAUUCAAUCCUGAUAAAGAGUCUCAGCCUGAAACAUUGACUGUAUAUUCCCCUCUAUGGAUGUUGCCUGACCUGCUGAGCUCCUCCAAUGUUCUGUGUGUCUUGCUCAGAUUUCCAGCAUUUGCAGAAUCACUUGUGUUUAUCAGCCUGGUCCUGCAUGCUUGUGAACUUGCCUUUCAUAACCCCAGUUUUCUUCCUGGUGUCUCUAGAUAUAUUUUGCCUAUAUCUCAUUCAAUAACCCUUCCUUUGAGGCUUUAGGGAGGGGGGGGUGUGUGUGUGUCUCUUCACUUUCAUCCAACCUCCCACCCCACUUCUCCAUAACUUGAUACAUACAUAGCCCUUUACACCAAAUCCAGUUACUACUUUCUAAUCCGCCCCACUCCAAUCUCUGCUGGGAAGUGGGCAAAGGUUCCAAGCAUAGCACUUCUGGCUUAGAAACUGUCUGAUCAGUUUCCCCUCACAGCAUCACUACCUGCAUUCCAGCAGAACUUGCCCCCAUACACCCCUCUCCAUUGUAAGAAUUUUGAUUUUAUUUAGAGAGACAGCACAGUAACUAGUCCUUCCGGCCCAGUGAGCCCACGCUGCCCAAUUACACCUGUGUGACCAAUUAACCUACUAACCCAUCCGUCUUUGGAAUGUGGGAGGAAACUGGAGCAUCCAGACAAAACCCACAUGGUCAUGGGGAGAAUGUACAAACUCCUUACAGACAAUGACAGAAUUGAACCCUGCCGUUGCGCUAAAGUGUCAGGUUACAUUGUCCUUGCGGUUAAUUGUUUUACUGUCAUAUAUUACCUCAGCAUUGGAACGAUAGCCAAGAUUCAAGUAUCUUUGGCGCAGCUUGCUGGAACCGACUGAAAUUUGGACCCAGCCUGGUGUAAAAUCAAAGGUUAGUCUUGCAGUGUUCAAGUGUUGUCGUGGGCAUACACUUUCAAUUUAUUGCAGUAUUUGAGCAGUGCUGUAAAGCUCCAGCUUUUGUGUGAUGCUAAAUAUUUUCCUUAAAAUAUGCAGUAUUGAUAAAGGAGAAUCACACUGACCAUUUACCCAGGUCUCUAGCCACAGAAAAUCACAAUGGCCUUUUAUCCAGAGGUCUCCUGCCACAGAGAAUCACUCUGGCCAUUUACCCAGAGAGCUGUAGCCACAGAAAAUCACAACGGCCACUUGCCCAAAGGUCUCCAGCCACAGAGAAUCACUCUGCCUAUUUACCCAGUGAUCUCCCACCAUAGUGAAUGACAAGAACUAUUUACUCAGAGGUCUCUAGCCACAGUGAUUCACAAUGGCUAUUUACCCAGGUCUCUAGUCAGAGAUUCAUCAUUUGCUAUUUACCCAGAGGUAUCAAGCUAUAGGCAAUCGUACUGGCAAUUCAUGCCUACCCUGAUGGAGUCACAGGCCACUCCUGGGUAAUGAACAUCUGCUUUUUCAGACAUCUUGUAAAUCCACUUCCUCCAUCUUGGAAAAUGCACAGAGAUCACCUAAUAUGGUAACUAUACCUCCACGGUAUUGUAAUGAAUGGCAUCAAAAACUGCAAGAUUGAUAACAAUUAACAGAAGUGCAGAGAGAGGGGAAACUAUUCUGCCAUUCAUAGGAAAGAUGUAUAUCUUUAUCUAUGUAUGUAUGUAAGACAUUUUUGCAUUUAAUAUUAUGGGAGCUCAUUAAUAUGUAUGGAUCUCCACAAGAUGGGUGUUUGUAACCUGGAGACACCCUGUGUUAAAAAUGGAGUUGCAGUUUACCUCCAAGGGACCCGUUGAGAAUUCACCCACUCCAGGGCCACAGAAGAUAUCCACUGGAAAAGACUCAAACCAGACCAAGUUGAAUGGGAAGCCUUCAGUAUUGUGUUCUGACAACACUCCAGCCUGAAACACUAAUGAUUGUUUUGCCUUCAGAGGCAGGUUGACUGUAUUUUCUGUGUCUGUAAGUAAUGAUGUAACUGGCUUUAUCAAUAAUUUUUGUAAGGAAAAAAUUCACUUUAAUUAGCAGUGGACCAUCAGUUGGGCUGCUAUUCCAUACCUGUGAUGUGGACUGAGCUGCAUAAAGUUAGGCUUUGUAGAUUGAACCAUUUCCCUUGCCAUGGGAUAUUUCUGUAAAGGACUGGGGGGAGAAAGAGAUGUGAGUCCAUUGCUGUGAUUGCACUGUCUUGGAUAUGUUAUUGACUAGAGUCUGAUUGCUCAUUUUUAUCAUAAUAUCCUGUACUGCACUCCCCCCCCCCUUGUCUAUUUACUGUCCCAUAUUCCAAGUGAAGAAAGAAUUUGAAAUACAGUCUGCAUUUGCUGUGUUUUAGAUCCAGGGAGACAAGAUAAGAUUGACCAUGUUUGAUGGGUCUGGAUUGACCUUCAGAUGGACCUGGUAAAGGAUCAUUCCCUGUUGCAGCCAAUAAAUCAGAUUGAUUUUUACAAAACCAGUGGUUUUGCGGCUGCCAUUACAGAGACCAAACUUUGUUUCCAGAUUUAUUUAAUCAAUUUAAACUCAGCAGCUACUGUGAUGGGAUUCAAACUAUUGCCUCCUUAUCAAUGGAUCAGGCCUCUGGAAGCCAGUCUACCCGAUAACUCAUCUAUCCUGUUGCAGAGAAACACUUGCAUUGGAGGGUGGAGCCAGCCUGAUCAUCAGUCUGGAAGGGGCUGUGAUCUGAAGGAGGGGCUGGUAUUGGCGCCAAUUUAAGUUUUAAAGGGAGUCAGUUGCCUUAACUAUGAGAAUGCCAAUUAGUACGUUAUUCUACUGGGCAGGGAUAUGUGCAAGUGAGAGGUAAUAUUAAAAGAGCACCUUCUCUCGAAUGUAAAUCAGCUAGCGGCAGCUUUAUGAAGCAGGCUUCUUUUAAAUGUGAAUUUGAUAAACGUUGAACAAAGCGCUAAUUUCAAUUAACUUUUUUUUUGCUGCUGCUGCUUCCUGUGCCUUUUUUGUUUCGCCUUUCGAUGCAGUGAAGUGUAAAAUCUGGGACUGAAUGUUUUAGAUUAGGUAAAUUUCUCCCAGAGCAUUAUUUGAAGAUGUUAUGCGAGUGGUUUUAAAGUAUAAUUUGUGGUGAAUGCAGUGUAGAUGGAAUGAUCUGGGUAAUAAUGGGUUCCAAAAGGUCUACACUGGGAUUUCUUCACCUCUUGUCUGGGUCUGUUGUUAACUCAUUAGUGAUUGGUGUGUUUGGUCUAAAGCUCCACUCUUAUUGUAUCAUGGGCUCUCAAAAUGGUAGAAGGUACCUUUGUGGUAGCCCUAUGAGUGACUUAUUAAUGUAAUGGAAAAUGGAGCCAAUAUAAAACACUGUUCAGAUCAUUAGCUAAACCUUACUGGUAGAAUGUGACUCAAACUUGAGUGAUAACGUUUGCUGUAUAUGUAUUCUUUAUCUCUGUUGGCAGAUCUUUUGGUCUUGAUCCAUGCUGUCCUCUUGAAUUGGAUGACCCCAGUUGUUUUAGUCUUGGGGUUCUGCAAUUGCUCUCAGUACCUUCCUGAAUUAGGUAGUUUUUAACUCUGUCAUUUCCAGUAAUCUUUCUACCAGAUUUAACUGUGACUCUCUCACCAAAUUCCGAUCACCUUUUCUUUCUAUCUUCAUGUGCUCAGUAUCUUGCACUGUCAUCAAUCAGUCUUUCAAAUUAUUUGUCUGUCUCUGAUUGUGCCUAUAACUUGUAACCCCCAAACAGCUAAGCAUCUUUCCUUUUUACUAUCUCAUUCUGUCUUCACCUUUAUAACUUAACCAGAAUUGCAAAAUUCCCCUAACAAUUAUGUUGCUGCCAUAAGCUGUAGCAACCUGCUUGAUUUUUUAAUAUAUUGUUCUAAAAGGGCUGGAUUCCUUUUAAUGUUUGCAAUUGCUGCUUUAAUCCUGGUGUUCCAAUGUGAUGUAAAACAAGCAGGGAGACUUAUUAACCAUGACUGUCAAAUUAAAUCAAAACUUAGAAAACUGUCGGUCAUGGUGAAACAUGGUGCUUUCUUAUUACUUGACUAUUCAUUUAUACACCUUCAGUAUCUGUGAAGAGAUUGGGAUUUUAUUGCACAUUUAACUAUUGAGAGACAAUUAAAUCAUGGAAAUGUAUUAAUGUCACAUUCUUUCAUGGGCUGCCUUUUUUUAUAGGUCUUAUUUUUCAAGUGCGAUUAAAUAUUUGUUGUGAUUACAAACUGGUGUGUUCAAAUAAUGCAAUAAAUAUGGGCUCUGUU